AUGAAUAGUUCCUUUAAUUCUCACCUCAAAAUUUCACUUUUUGCUUUCUUCGUAACCAGCCUUUAUCAAGCAGUUUCUGAGGUCUACAUCGAUGGUAGGAGUGGCUUGAAGCGAGGGUACAGUGUUGCCUUCGGUAACUUUGCCGCACACAAGUUUUACCAUCUUAGUUUGCCGCCUCUGGUUUCCACUUCAGUCAAAGAUGUUGGACACUGUGCCAGGCUUUGUUUAGAUAAUUCAGCAUGUUUCUCAGUUAACUUUGCGGCGAUGCGUAAUCAAGAUGGGAAUAUAACCUGUGAAAUAUUAGCAAGCGAUAAAUACAACAACUCCGCUUUGUUUAAUCCUAGCGCGAUGUUUCAUCAUUUGAGUAUAAAAAGUCCUUGUUCCAGCGACCCUUGUAUGAACAAUGCAACUUGUGUAACCAAGUACAAAGAUGAUGAUUAUCAGUGCGAAUGCGCGCUUGGAUUUGAUGGAAGACAGUGCGAACGUAUAACACUAGGAGUUGACUGCCGUGACAUAAACACACGAGCUCCUUCUCAGGGAGAUGGAAUGUACUGGUUGGACCCGGAUGGAGGAAGCCAUUCCAACGCGUUUUUGGCCUACUGUGACAAGACGUCAUACAAUGGAGGAUGGACCAUGUGUUACACUACCGAUGAAUAUGCCACACCUAAGACCGAAUUCACAUACAGCGCCCAGUUUCCCUAUGGAAGUGACGGCUACAGGACAAACUGUAAUAAUAUCUCGUUUACAGAAAUCAUUUUCGUUGAUCACCAAACUGGAAGAACAGCUUACUUCAAGCGCCGUACUAGUCAGUCCAUAAGGGCCUCUACUAAUUAUGGGAAACCUGCAAGUACAUAUGGACUAUGGGACGGUAUAGGAACAAACAACGCUUACUCCUACCAGCUGCUGAUCUGCGACACAUCAUUUUACAGCGGCUUCUUCGUGUCUGGUUACACGGGAAACUGUUACAAGCGGUGUGACUUCUGGUGCGCAGACGUGUUAUCUCCAUACUUCCGUACGACCGCCGCUAAGCAAAGCUUCAAGGGCGUGGCUUUUGAUAUAAACGGCCAUCGCGUAGUUAGUUACAGACUGAUAAGCGUCGGUCUGCGCUGA